UUAAAAUUUGAAUUGGAAGAAAAAGAAGAAGAAGAAGGAAGAAAGGGGGAAACUAAUAAUCACAGAUCUCAUUUCUCUUAAUCAUCAACAAUCAUUAAGGAUUUUAAUCCUCACUGAAUUUUACCAAGAAGUGUUUUAAAGAUGAUCUCAAUUCCAAUGGAUGAAGAAAACACAUUAGAAACCCUAGAUGUUGGUUCUACGGUGUAUGAUUGGGAGAAAGAGUUAGUAUCUGAUACAGCCGGUUUACUGGACUCGUUUCAUUGUAUGCCUGGUUCCAGAUUGGUUCCUACUGGGUUUUCAAAAUUCAACUCGAUGGAGGAUUUUGUGGUACCGCCCGAAUACCUUACAUGCAAGAAUUGUUCAACUGAGAUUGAAGUUCCUUACAUUCAGAAAAAAUCGACGGCUAUGUUUGAAAAGAAGAUAAAAGAAUUGACUAGCCAGUGCCAGAUGAAGACUAAUGAGUACUACGAAGCUUCGAUGUCGCUUACAGCUGCCAAUGAGCAGUUGGAGAAGGUUCGAACCGAGCUUGAUGGCAAGAUGGUUGAACUCCAUGCUCUUGAUAAAACCAUGGAAAAACAAGCAGCGGAGUUGAAUGAUGUUUCUUGUACACAUGAAUGUGAUAAGAAGUCUUGGGUUGUAGCUAUUAAUGACUUGGAAAGAAAAAUCAAGAUUAUGAAAACAGAGCAGUCACAGGUGUCUCAUGAAGCCCAUGAAUGUGCUAAUUCGAUUCCUGAUUUAAAUCAAAUGGUGUCUGCUGUUCAAGCAUUGGUUGCGGAAUGUGAUGAUCUCAAAAGCAAGUACUUGGAGGAACAAACAAUGAGAAAGAAACUGUAUAACCAACUUCAGGAAUCUAAAGUUGAGCCAGGUCCUGCAAAGAAGCAAGUCGACAAUGUUGAGCUUCAAAAGUUGAAAACAAUGCUUGAUAAAGUAAAGCAAGAGUCGAGAUCCAAAGACGAGUCCUUAAUAAAGUUAGAAGAUAACUUACAAAACUUGGAAAUUAAAGCGAGAUCCAAGGAUCAGCUGUGCAAAAGCCAACUGGAAAAAGUUAAAGAACUAGAAGCACAAAUAGAUUCAAAGAUGGCGGCGCACAAACAAUCUGAGAAACAAGUUUGGCAACUUAAUGAGAAAUUGAAGGGCAGAGAAGAAAUUUGCAGCGGUCUUCAACACAAGGUCAAAGAGCUCGAAAGUAAACUGAAAGAAGGAGAACACAUGGAGUCUUCGGCACUACAACAGAAGAUCAAGGUGCUCGAAAUCAAACUGAAAGAGAAAGCUCAGCAGCAAUCUGACCCUGUGGACCUUCAACAAAAGGUGAAGGAGCUCGAAAACAAGCUUAAAGAUCGAGAACAGAAUGCGGAUUCAGCACUUCUUCAUCAAAAGAAUAAGGAGCUUGAAGUAAAACUAAGAGAGCGAGAACAACAAUUGAAGUCUACGCCCCAACUGUCACGUUCUUCUAAUUUCGAGGAAUAUGUGAGUGAAAGCGGAAGCCAGUUGAAGGUACGAAGGAAAAGAAAACUUAGUAAUGGUCCAUCCAGUUCUUUGGUCGAGAAGAACGUAAGGCCUGUGGAAGCGAAGAAAGCUAGGCUACUUCCAGUAGAUCCUAAAGCAUUGGCAAGAGUUGCAAGAACUGCAAAAACAGGGAAUGUUUCUCGGCUUUCAUCACAUAACAAGAAGGAUCCUAUCAAAGAACGAGAUAAGACAAGAGGGUGAUCUAGAUAGUAACUGUAAUUUCAUUCAACCGACAAUGGUGUGCGAGUGUGUGUUAGACCUUGUAAUCUAAUUUCAGUUGAUCAUACAUCACUUGGAUCGUGUAUUGUUCAGAUAGUAACAAAAGAAAGAUAUUAUGAAGCGUAAACGGCUUCAUCAA